AUGCCCCCAGAAGUAUUCCAUUGCCAUCCUUUUGUUACUCCACCGAUUCCAAUCCAGCCCAAAUCCAAGCAAAUACGAACGCUGCAAAAGAAAUAUUGUCAAGGAAGGAUGAAAUUUACGAAAAGGAAGCUCAUACCAGUUCUUGUUUUCAUUUUAGUGAUUGCUUCACUCAUCCCACUUCUCAAAUUAACGAUAAUAACUUCAUCUCCGUCUCUGCCUUCAGCCGGUUCACUUCUUGUUCGUCAGCAAAAAUGUUCGUCAUCUUCUUCAAUUUGCAGGAAUAACAUUUCACCAUCAAAUGCAGAUGCCAGUGUUCUUACUGAAAAGGAAAAUCGAUUUCUAUUGGAUCUUGUUUCUCGGAGAAUUCCCUGCAAAAUUCUUGUUUUUGGGCUUGAACCACAAUACUUGAGCCUUGCCUCCUUGAAUGAUGGUGGACUCACCGUCUUCAUUGAAGACAAUCCCGAGAAAAUAAGCACUAUGAAAUCUUUAAACAAGACUCGAAUUUACAAAGUCGAGUACCAGACUAUUGCUGCUGAAGCAUUCAAGCUACUCAAACAUGCCAGAGAAAAUCCAGAUUGUGCACCUAAAUUUCAACUGCCCAAAUUGUCAAGGUGCAAACUGGCAUUAACUAAUCUCCCAGAAGAAGUUUACAAUACAAAGUGGGACGUGGUGUUGGUGGACGGACCGCAAGGGGACACACCAGAUUCCCCGGGGAGAAUGGUGGCCAUCUACACCGCUAGUAUACUAGCACGAAAAGGAAAUGUGACCGACAUUUUAGUACAUGAUGUAGAUAGAAUGAUCGAGAAGUGGUUCUCGUGGGAAUUCUUGUGUGAAGAGAACUUGGUUUCUUCGAAGGGAAGAUUUUGGAAUUUUGGAAUACUCAGGGAACCUAAUGCUACUAAGUUUUGCACCAUAUAA